AAUCCCUGCACCUUCCUUCAAACUUCUUGGUCGAUAUCAUCGUGGUACUCGCUGUCGCUCACCGCUUCCUCCACGAUAGAUCCUUUCCAGCAACAUCCACGCACCCAACCUAGUCGAAGGCGAAACUCAACACUCCACAGCAACAGUGGCCCAUCCAACUACUCGGAAAGUCGCCAUCGCUCCAUCGCACGGUAUUGCUGCACAUAGUUGACGACGACUCAGACAGGAUGCCGGACUACUUCGACUACGGGCAUAUGCUGCUAGUCCCUGUGGGCUUCCCGAUCAAUACUGCGAACAAUGAAGAGCAGUAUGACGUUGAUUCGAGCAAUCACCAGAACGAGUUGUGGGCUGGGAUGACCAGCUCCACUGGCGUCCAGGUCCAUGCACAAGGUUAUCAUCCACAAGCCUAUGGGCAACCAGGAGGCCACCUGCAGACGAUGGGCCGAUACGAGACACCGUCACCAAUGGACAUGCAACAGAAUAACAGGACCCAACACGGUAUUCCUCGUGAAUAUGAUCCUAGGGCUGACGAUUCGUAUCCGCUUGGGUACAUUGAUCCUACUCUCCUCUUGAUGCCACGACCAUCACAUGGCCAGGUACCUAGCUCCGAUGUAUACAGCCACCAGUACCAUCGGGCGAGAGCUUGUCCUGGCCAGCCGACAAAUCCGUUGGCGUACGCAGGUGUCCAGCAAGGAGGUCAAUGUAGCGAAUUGGGUAUCUUCAGUAGCGGCUAUGACACUGUCGUUCCUGAGAAGUAUGACCAGUUGGCGGAUAUGGUUUAUGAUGCUCAGACGGAACCUAGAUACCAAUGCACGAUGCCUGGAUCAUUCGGCGCUCAGUCCAGCAUUCCCAUCAGGGGACCAGACAGCCUGUUCAUUCCCGGAGUUCUUGGUAGGCAGGAAGAUCACCAAGCAGUAUUGGGGAUGGACACAGCCCGAUUGAUGCAACGGCUGAAAGCACCCAGUGAUAAUGCUCAUGUGCAUCCGGUGUUCGAUAGGUCUCCCAUAACCAACUCAGAUUCCUGCAGCGAGUCGAUGGAGGACAGCCACGCGACAAUCUUCCCGCCCCAACCUUUGCAAGUCAUCCAGGCACAAAGACCACAGGGACAUGGCCAUGUAAGUCAAAUGACGGACAAGUCCCUACCAAGGUGUUCGUCCUUACCAAGGUGGUUUGUGGAACGGAGCACUCCAGAAGUUGUAGAUCCGGACGUAUCCGAUUCCAGGUCUGGGCUCACGUCAGAUGAUCGGCUCCACCCCGACGCAAGCUCUCGGGUCUCCGAUGCGCCGUCGCCAGUACAUACCGAUGCCUCCACUGACAUCUUGUACUGCCCCUUCGACGAAUGCAAUGCCAAGUUCACCGGGCACUAUCGCAAAGGCAAUCUCGGUAGACAUCGCCGCCAGAAGCACGCUGGUCAGAUCGUGGAGUACCGCUGCAAAGACGAAUAUUGCUCAAGAGUGUUUCAAAGGAAAGACGCUCGGCUCAAACACUAUCGAAAAGCCCACCCAUAUCUGAAUACAGGUCGGGCAAUGUCGCGAAAUGCUUCAUCCUCCACGGGGAGUGAUUGGGUAUACGCAGAUCACGUGACAUCACCAUACGCUCAUCGGGAUGGCUUCGAUACUGGCGACGUGUCAUCGUAUGGUGAUGUCCAAAGCUAUCAAGGGUACUCCAGUCGACUUGAUCUGAGUGAGGGUGGCGAGAGUCAAGCCAUGGCCGGAUGAGUUCCAAAUAUUCUUCCUUGUCGCAAACGUUCGCCAAUCGGCCUAACUUUAUGAUCUCAUGAUCGCAAGUCUUUCUCGUCCCUAUCGGAGUUGAUUCCAUCGUCAGUUCUGCCCGUUGACAUUUCCUGGAAACUCGCACCCGGCUCCGUGUGCUUCCGUUUGGCGUACGAAGUGUCCAUCGAAGUCCUGAGUCAGGUUCUUCACCAGAGGUCCCGUAUGGUCUGAAUAUUUCCUUCUCUUCCCCAUAACCCAACAAAAUUGCAUUAUUCAGAGGAGCAGGCGUUAUGGUGUGUACUUGUCGGCGUUUGGAUACGUUAAAAAGG